AUGGCUAACAAAGAAACCAUGAAAGCCGUCGUCUUUGAUGGCCUGCGCAAAGUUUCCGUCCAGGAUCGCCCAAUUCCAAAGGUGCGAAAUCGUCACGAGAUUGUCGUGAAGGUUACGGCAACCGCGCUGUGUGGCUCCGAUCUUCAUGUCUAUCGUGGCUUAGAGCCUUCUCAGCCGGGAUAUGUGAUGGGGCAUGAGUUUACCGGCAUCGUUGUCGAAGCAGGCGAGGAUAUCAAGACUAUCCAACUUGGUGACCAGGUUGUUGUGCCAUUCACUAUUUCUUGCAUGAAGUGCUUUUACUGCAACCACGGGUGGACCUCACGAUGUGAAUCCUCUCUUCUUCUUGGAAGCCCCAAUCUGGACGGAGCUCAGGCGGAAUACGUCCUUGUGCCACAUGCCGACGGCACGGCGAUAAAAGCCCCAAGUGGCGUCCCCAAGGAGACGCUCGUCCUCAUGGCCGACAUCUUCCCGACUGGCUUCUUCGGUGCAAAGAAUGCGUUCAAACUGAUGGACCAGAUCGACCCCAAGGAGGCGACGGUCGUGGUCAUGGGUUGCGGGCCCGUCGGUCUCUGCGCCAUCAUUUGUGCCCUUGAAUACAAUCCCAAGCAGAUUAUUGCCAUUGAUGGCGUUGACAGCCGUUUAGAAAUCGCCAAAUCUCUUGGCGCCAUACCUCUGAACUAUACGAAGGAAGGCAUCAACUUGUCACAAUUCGUUUUGGAAGCAACCGAGGGCAGAGGUGCAGACGCAGUUAUUGAGGUUGUGGGUGCGAAGCAAGCUCUCAGGACAGCAUACGAUAUCAUUCGGCCAUGGGGGGUAAUUAGCAGCAUUGGAGUUCAUAACUCAGAGGUUCCUUGGACUGCGACGGAAGCAUAUGACAAAAACUUGAGAGUGCAAAUGGGCAGAUGCCCUGUCCGUGCAGUGUUCCCCGAAGCUCUCGAGGUCUUGGCCAAGAAUCACCAGAAGCUCAGCUUCAUGUUUGACAAGCUUAUGCCUUUAACCCAGGCUGUUGAAGCAUAUGACCUCUUCGACAAGAUGCAGGUCCAAAAGGUUAUUUUCAAACCAAAUGAGUGA